CGGACCGUCGUUCAACAACGCCGCGAGCAGCAAGUGGCCAUUGCUGGUAGAAGGAACGUGCGUCUAGCACGUGACUGAGGUGGUCUGGAAGAAGUGAAGGAUGUGGCGCCUUAAGGUUGGGACCGGAAGGACGGAUCCCUACUUGAGGACCGUCAAGAAUCAUGAGGGGAGAGAAGUGUGGGAGUAUGAGUUCCGUGGAGGGACAGAGGAGGAGCGGGCCCAUGUGGAACAUCUGCGAAGUGAGUUCAAAAAGCACAGGCUGGAAAAGAAACACAGCAGCGAUGAGAUGCUCAGAUACCGUCUGUCGUGCAUAAAUCCUUUGCCGCCAAUGCCAGCCAAAGUCUCUGUGGCAGAGGGUCGGUCUGCUUCUGCAGAGGAUGUGGAUGUCACCUUGCGGCGCGCGAUCCGUUUCUACAGCACUAUGCAAGAAGAGGAUGGACACUGGGGUGGUGAUUAUGGAGGUCCCAUGUUCCUAAUGCCUGGUCUGCUGAUUGCCUGCUACUCUACAGGCGUUUUGAAUUUUGUUCUGACAGAGGAGCACAAGGAGGAGAUGAGGCGUUACCUGUACAAUCAUCAGAAUGCUGAUGGUGGUUGGGGUCUUCAUAUUGAAGGUCACAGCACAAUGUUUGGUUCCGUGCUUUCAUAUGUUUCAUUACGGCUUCUCGGCGAGGGUCCGGAGGAUGGAGAGGACAAUGCCAUGUCCAGAGGAAGGAAUUGGAUACUGGACCACGGUGGAGCAACCUUCAUCACUUCUUGGGGCAAGUUCUGGCUGGCGGUGCAGUGAUAUUUCCCUCUGAUGAUCCGGCAAGUGGCGUUGGUGAAAGACGUUUUAGGAGCAGCCACACCCUCGC